UAAUGCAAUAAGAUCCAUAUAAUUGGCCAUUUCCUCAUCGUUAAGAUCUCAUGAGUCUAUCAACAAUUAGUAUUUAUAAUAUAUAAUUAGAAAACUAAAAAAGAGAUAUCAUCUAUGAAAAUAGAUCAUAAUCAACAAUGACAAUAUAAGGUAUUGACGGAGCAGCUCCUAAGUUAAAACCAUAUCAAUAUUUAAAUAAAGAAUAAUUUUGUAAUCGAGAUGAUGAUAUCCCAGGAACUAAAUCUAGACCUUUAAUCAGAUCAAACAAUAGAUCUGAUAAUCAAUUAAUGAUUGAUGAUAUCAAAGGAACAAGACCUAAAGUUAAUAAAUUUUCAACAAAUAGAGAACCUGUAAAUCCUCUUGAACCUGUCUAUAAAAUAGCUUCCUAUGAAUAAGCUGAACAAAUUUAACCUAAAUUCAUUAGAGAUAGCUAUAAUGUAUAGGAUAUUGAAGGAGCACAACCUUCUUCAAUCAAUCCUAAAUUAAAAAAAUAGCCUGUAACUAUGGAAGAUGUAGAAGGUUCGCAUCCAAAAUAGCGUUUUUUACCUAAGGGUAUUAAUUUAUUAGAAAUGAAGAUUAUGUUGACUCCUUACAAGUUAAAGAUAUCAAUAACGAUUUAUUACAUAAAUAUGUUCGAAAUACCAAUCCUAUUGAACCUGUUUAUAAGCAUAGAGAUGAAGAAGGGUAUGAAAUAAAAAUAAUAAAAUUAGAAAUUUAGUGUAAAUAGGAUUUAUAGAUGGAAGCAAAACUAAAUAACUUCAUCCAAUUACAAUUAAUAAGUUUGCUUCUUCAAUUCUAACAACUAAAGAUAUUGUUGGUGCUUAAGCUGGAUCACAUUCAUAACACUUUUUGAGAACAAAUGAAAGGAAAGACUAUAGAUAAAUAAAUAGUGUAUCUGAUAUAGAAGGAGUAAAGCCAGGUUCACUUAAAAAAGGAAUAGAAAGUAAGAGAUACACAAAUCCAUUAAUGCCUGCAUAUUAAAUGCCAGGAAGUAGUGAAAUAUAGUAAUAUUUAUUUGGAAUAAUGAUUAGUUCGAUGAAGCCUACAAGUGUGUUUUAAAAAAAUGCGAGCACAUAAAUGUUAACUAAUGCAUAAAAGAUGGAUCUAUUUUUACCUUAAAGUUGA